GCGUACAUUGAAAUUUAUUAGUCGUCAUCGAUUAGUGUUUGAUCAAAAAAUUAGUUUUGUUUACAUUACUCUUAUCAUUGUUGAAAAAAAAACAUAGUUUGAAGAACAUAUUUUUGACGAAAAGAGUGUACGCGAGCAUUGCCAACACCAAACGGUUGGUUGAGGAAUGAUUUUAUAGGAUUGUUCAACUCCAGCAAACAAACAACAAAAGUCGCUGAUUGACAAAGGAUUACGCUACAAGUUAAUCAAGAAGAGGAGCAAACAUUCCAAGGUUUCAGCAAAAAAGAUUGAAGGGACUACUGGAGAAGGCGAUCUGUUGUCGUCGUGAGGGGGAGGUAUGCCAAGACUGUACGAUGAGGAUGAAGCACGAAGACCGAUCCUCCAGCCGGACACGGACAGUGAGGAUCCGCCAACUGGAUCGAGAAUUUUGCGCCGAAGCGACGACGAUGAGCUGAGUGAGGGAAGGUCCGGCUGUGGGACCAGUGCUUGCUGUAAUCCCAGUUCUGCCCUGCAUCGCUUUAUGGCGCUGAUCUUGAUGUGCCUUGUUGGAUUCGGAUCGUACUUCUGUUAUGAUAACCCGGGAGCACUGCAGGACAAGUUCAAGUCUGAUCUGGAUCUUUCGACGUCACAGUUCGUGUGGCUCUACUCGAUCUACUCGUGGCCAAAUGUGAUUCUAUGUUUCAUCGGUGGCUUUCUAAUCGAUCGGGUGUUUGGCAUCCGGUUGGGGACCAUCAUCUACAUGUUCAUCCUGCUUAUUGGUCAGCUGAUCUUCGCCACCGGUGGACUCAUAAAUCAGUUCUGGUUGAUGAUCCUGGGACGCUUCCUGUUCGGUAUUGGCGCGGAAUCGUUGGCGGUCGCGCAGAAUAACUAUGCCGUCCUGUGGUUCAAGGGGAAGGAACUGAACAUGGUGUUUGGGUUACAGCUUUCAUUCGCCCGUGUUGGCAGCACCGUCAACUUCCUUGUCAUGGUUCCCGUCUACAAGUACGUCCGAAGUCUCGGCUACGAAGGCCAUCAAUGCAUGGGUGUUGUCCUCUUGUUGGCAACCCUAACUUGUGUGAUGUCGAUGCUUUGUGCGUUGAUUCUCGGCUGGAUGGAUAAGCGAGCUGCCCGAAUUCUACGUCGCAACGAUAAUCCUCCGAACGGAGAGGUAGCCAAGCUUUCCGAUAUUAGAACAUUCAAAACUUCCUUCUGGAUGGUGACGGUCAUUUGCGUCGCGUACUACGUGGCCAUUUUCCCCUUCAUUGCCUUGGGCAAAGUAUUUUUUAUGAGAAAGUUUGAUUUCACUCCGGAAGAUGCCAACACGGUGAAUUCGAUUGUAUACAUUGUAGCUGGUGUUGCGAGCCCUAUCUUUGGAUUGCUAGUGGACCGAACCGGAAGAAAUGUCCUGUGGGUGUUCAUAUCGAUCUUGGUCACAAUGGUGGCCCAUGGUCUGCUGGCUUUCACAUUCUACAAUCCAUACAUUGCCAUGAUUACGAUGGGAAUGGCGUAUUCCAUGUUGGCCAGUAGUCUCUGGCCACUGGUGGCGUUGAUUGUCCCGGAGUAUCAACUGGGCACGGCCUAUGGAAUUUGCCAGUCGGUGCAGAACCUCGGAUUGGCCGUUAUCUCCAUGUUUUCGGGUUUGAUUGUCGACAAAGGUGGCUACUUCAUGCUGGAAAUAUUCUUCAUUGGUUGGCUAGUUGUUUCGCUUCUGGCUACCAUUGUCAUCUGGCUGUACAAUUCCAACAACAACGGUGUUCUCAACAUGUCCCCUGCGGAGCGUGAGCUGUACACUAGUAAACUCCUAACGGAAGCGGCCAACAAGACGUUGGAAAACACCCAACCGGUCAGUUCGGAGGGUUCACUCAAUGCCGAUCAGCAGCAGCAGUCGGUGGCACCGGAAUCGAUCCGCAAUCGGUACGUGAGCCGGGUGCUGGACGGAACCAAUCAGAGCGAUUCGGAACCGUUGAUUGAAUAAGAGCGCGGAGCAUUAGUAUUAACCGUUAGCCGUCGAUUGGGG